AUGAAUGCUCCGGAUCGUUUCGAUUUGUUUUACCUUCCUCCAGGUGCAAAGAAGAUGACCAUUACACCAGAUCCAAAGGUUGAAAAUGGUGCAACCUUUGAAAUCCUUAGAGAAGAUCACACAAUGGGCAAUUUGAUGCGAUA